UCUUGUGACGGCGCAACAUUUGAACUUUUUAUACUGAUAAAUCUUGUGUUGUGGUGAUAAAUUGAUAAUACACAAAAAUUAUGAUUGCUGGUGCGCUCUAGCUUCAGAAAUUAAUAUUUAGUAUCAAAUAUAUAAUAAACAAAAACCGAUCAAAAGCAAAUCAAAAUGUCCAACAUAGAUAUCGACAAGCCGCGCUAUGACCAAAGCACGUACACGGGUCGCGCCAAACACUUCCUCCAGCUGACCAACCCCCUCAACAUAUUGGCCACGAACAAGCAGCUUGAUGAGGCUAAGCAUAUCGUCGAUGAGUUCAGAAAAACGCGCAAAUUGCCACCUGGUUAUGAUGAGGAUAAGUUAUGGGCGUCCAAGUAUUUGUACGACAGCGCCUACCAUCCCGACACUGGGGAGAAGAUGUUCGUUCUGGGGAGGAUGGCUGCGCAGGCGCCGAUGAACACUAUUAUUACUGGAUGUAUGAUAACGUUCUACAAGACGACGCGAGCGACGGUGUUCUGGCAGUGGGUGAAUCAGACGUUCAACGCUGCGGUCAACUACACCAACCGCAGCGGCGACGCGCCGCUUUCAAUGACUCAGCUGGUCGCGUCGUACUGCGCGGCGUGCGGAGGCGCGCUAACCACGGCGCUCUACCUCAAUAGCAAAGUUAAGAACAUGAAAAAUCCAUUAUACGCUCGGCUGGUACCGUUCGCGGCAGUCUGCGGUGCUAACUUCAUCAACAUCCCGAUGAUGAGGAGCGGGGAGAUUAUCAACGGCACGCCCGUAUUCACGGCGGACGGGGACCGCAUCGGCGACUCGCGGCACGCGGCGGUAUACGGCAUCACGCUCGUGUGUUUGUCCAGGGUCUUGAUGGCCGUGCCCGGGAUGACUCUUACCCCAGUCCUAACAAACGCGGCGCUGCGUCGCGGCAUCCUAGGCGCGCGUGCGGUUGCGCCGUUCCAACUGGCGUUGGUUGGGUUGUGCGUUACCUUCGCCACGCCGAUGUGCUGCGCGCUGUUCGAGCAGCGAGCUUCGUUGCCUGUGGGCAGCCUGGACUCGCAUUUGAAGGAGGUAGUUGAGAAGAAAUAUGAUAAUGUGAAAGAGGUAUACUUCAACAAAGGAUUGUAAAUAAAGUCAAUUAGAUGUACCUACUAGGUACUAAAUCUAGAUGAAA